CCAUCGGCUCAAAUCGUUCACUCUCCCGCGUUUGAAAGUGCCGUUAUCAAGCUGCUAUCGAAUCGAUCGCUGAUCUCAGACGAAGAAGAGGCGGUUCCCCAAUUUGCUGGUCCAACUGACUCCGCGCAAGAAACUCCAAAGAAGGUGGCCUUUGCGACGGAAACUCUGCGUCAUGCAAAGCGACCUCGCUUGGCAACUGUGACCAAGUACAUUGACCUGCCGCGAAUGAUUCCACCUACCAGCAAUAAGUGCGAACCCCUCUUUCGUCACGCCUGGGUAGGAUAA